CUUUUGUUCUCUUUGGAGUGGUUGACGGAUCAUCUGCGCCCAUGAAACGGACUUUUUACUACUGAGUACCUAUGAGUAUGUGUACCGCGUUCUUCUGCCCCCUUUUAUGGUUGAAUUCGGUUGGCGAUUCCUGCUAAACCGCCGCCCCACGGCUCCGCUCUGCAGGUCCGCCAAAACGAAUCUGGUCGCUAACUUAACAACUAACUGCAUGGCCAAAGCCUAAUAAUUCCUUUCUCUCCCCGAACUCCUUUCGGUCCUUGCCUUCCACUCCAAAAUUCUUUACAACUAGAUACCUUACCUCACCUUCUGGUCGUGCUUGGAGGAUUGGGUCAAUUCAAACCUACGCUGCCCGUUUUGACGCCUGUCGCUCGGAUUGCGCCCGCCGCCCUUACGUCAGUCAGCCUUUGCCGCCAUGGCGUACAAUCAGUCCUACAAUCCAGAUGCGCUGCCAGCUCACGCAGAGCCCGAGCAGGUUGCGCAGAUGCUCGGUGCUAUGCAGACGAGCAGCUCAGCUCACCCACGACCCCCACGACAGUCUUCUCACCAUUCCCCCAGCGGAGUGCCUCCGCGCGUGCCAGUGUCCGGAGCGCCGAGCGCCAACCCGCAGCGCUACCCAGCGCCUGCCCAACAGACUCACCACGGCGGACGAUCGCCGACUGUUCCUGUUCAACAGCGUCCGCACCCAUUACACCCCUCGCCCCCUCCCCAGAACUACGGCUUUGGGCCACCUCCCUCCCAGCCCGUGCGCAACCGUCCUCCUCCGUCGUCGCGUCCACCGCAAUCCCCACACCCUCCUCCACUCUCGGUCCCCGACGAUGACCCACAGCAGCUGUACCCCCUGUUCCGCGCCGCCAACACCUCGCACUCCGGGGCGCUGACGGAGCUGGAGCUGGGCUCUGCACUGGUGAACGGCGAUUACACCUCGUUCCACCCCAAGACGGUCAAGAUGAUGAUCCGCAUGUUCGACCGCAACAGCAGCGGGACGAUCUCGUUCGACGAGUUCGUCUCCCUCUGGCGCUAUCUGGCGGCGUGGCGGGAGCUCUUCGAUCGGUUCGACGUGGACCGGAGCGGACGGAUCAGCCUGCCCGAGUUCGAGAACGCGCUGGUCGCUUUCGGGUACCGCCUCAGCCCGGGAUUCGUGCAGGUCAUGUUCAUCACCUUCGAGAGCAAGGGGCGGCAGAUGAACGGGCACACCUAUGGCAAACAUGGCAUGAGUUUUGACCUGUUUGUGCAGGCCUGCAUUAGUCUGCGUCGCAUGACCGACGUGUUCAAACGGUAUGACGACGAUCGGGAUGGGUAUAUUACGGUGAGCUUCGAGGAGUUUUUGACAGAGAUUCUUCAGUUACAGGAUUAGAUGGAAGGCGUGGAGUUGGGGGUGUUUUCAUAGUAAAGGUGGAGAUGAUCGAUUAUCGCACUCUUUUCAUGAUGUGUCUGUCAUUGUACAUUAUAUACCCUAUUUAUUUCUCUUCCAGUGGCAUACAUGGAC